AUUAUCUUUUUUUCACAGUCUCUCUGUAAAACAUAUUUUUAUUUAUAUAAGAAGAUUUACACCUGAAUUUUCUCCGAUUCAUUGCCCCAAUCCCAGGGUUUUAUUUUUCGCGUUUUACACUCGUAGACGUUGCUGAAACAGCAUUGCAUAAGUUCCAUGUCCUCUACUGCCAUGCGGGCAAAUGCAUCUGAUUCAUCUUGUCAGGAAGAAUCAGUAGACAUUACAUCAUCACAGUCCGAUGAAGUUUUAAGUGACGAAGAGGAUGAUGUUAGCAAAGAAACGCAAGGUGCUCAGUCUUUUCCUUCAGAUAGCCAUGGACAAGAGCAUAAAAAAUAUCAGCAGGGAGUGCCAAACCUGCUUUCAAGUAAUGGAGAAACCCUUGGGCAGGUCCCACAACACGAACUUGCUAGCCACUCGAUUGCCUAUGCUCCAAAUCCAUAUGGGGAUCCAUAUUAUGGAGGAAUGAUGGCAGCUUAUGGUCAGCCUAUGAUUCAUCCGCAGUUUCUUGAUAUGCAAGCGAGGAUGCCUUUACCCAUUGAUAUGGCACAAGAUCCUGUUUAUGUGAAUGCCAAACAAUACCAUGCAAUAUUACGUCGAAGGCAAUGCCGUGCAAAAGCGGAACUUGAAAAGAAGCUAAUAAAGGAUAGAAAGCCUUAUCUUCAUGAAUCUCGGCAUCAGCAUGCAAUGAGAAGGGUGAGGGGUACUGGGGGUCGUUUUGCAAAGAAGACUGAAGCUGUUUCGUCAAAACAUGGAGAUGAAGAUAAAAAACCAUCGUCCCAGUCUGGGAAAUCAACUGGUAAUAAGCGUGUUAACUCGGAGUCUGCUGAAAGUUUGGAAACAAGUGGCGGAUUGGUAAAUUCUGUUAAUGGUCGUACAUAUCCUGAUAAUGGAGAUAAUUAUGGGGCAUCAUCGGGGUAUCAUAUGGGUAGAGGUGAUGGAGGAGGUUCUCUAGGCCAGCAGUGGAUAAACAUGUCAUCAAACCAGGCUUCAAACAGGGCUGUUGCAUGAAGUGAAGCUGAAGCUGGCCGGCAAAUCAUUCUUGGCUUUUGUUUUAAGAGGACUAAAAGGUAAAUGUACCUUUUUAGUUGUCUCUUUGCUUUUGUUUUGAGAUUACCUUUCUCAGGAAGAAUGUUAUGUACAAAGUAUGUUUUUGUGGUUAGAAAGAUGGGUUGGCUUGUGUUUUGGCAUUUGGAGGUGAAACGUCAAAUUUAGGAAAUACUGGCAUGUUAACUGGAAGUUUGUCUGCCUACUGUUUAACCUUGGGGUAUAAUGUUGUGGCCAUCGAAAUUUGGAACUCCAUUAUUGCUAUUUCUGCAUAUGGUUGUAGUGUUUGUUAUGUGUUUGUUGA